AUGAUGUUUCUGAUGCUAAUAUAUACUAUCCUUGACCAGUUUUCAAGGGGUCAGGAGCAACACUGGUGGAUUGGAUUAAACACCUAUGAGAAUGAUGGACGGUUUCGGUGGUCUGAUAGUUCUCUGUUGAACUUCAUUUCAUGGGCACCUGGUAAACCACGGCUUAUCAACAAAGAGAGGAAGUGUGUGUACAUGACAGCAAGCAGAGAGGACUGGGGUGACCAGAAAUGCCUCACUGCUCUGCCUUACAUUUGCAAGCGUACCAACACCACCACGGUGCAGCCCUCCUUGCCAUCACUGCCUGUACCAACUCCUGGCAGCUGUGUCCAGGGGUGGCAUGCCUUCAUUAAUAAGUGCUUUAGGAUCAACAGCCAAGAAAAAGUGACAUGGCUGGAGGCAAAGCGCAAGUGUGAAGUUCAGGGAGGUAUAUUGGCUACUAUCUCCAACCACCUUGAGCAAGCUUUUAUAACAACUCUUCUCCCAAGCGUAACUGUUGAUAUAUGGAUUGGCCUCCAUGAUUCCAAGAAAGAAUUUCUCUGGAUAGAACCUGAAGCUGUCAAGUAUGUGAACUGGGCCCCUGGGGAGCCAUCUGGAUAUGGAACAUCCAUUGCUAGUGAUCAGCCGACCAACUGUGUUGUGAUGUGGCACGGGCUCCCUUCCCUGUUUACUGGCCGCUGGGAUGACAGGAACUGCUUAGAGGAGAAACAUAUUUUCAUCUGCCAGAGAAGCAAAGACCCUACUCUAAAUCCUUCUUCAACAUCCUUCUCCCCUGUUCCCAACUCUACGCUUUCAUAUCUUAACAACACUUACCGUGUCCUGACGAAGCCACUCAAAUGGCAGGAAGCUGUGUUGCUAUGUCAGAGUCUCAAUGGAAGCCUAGCAGAUGUGAUGGAGCCAUACACCCAGGCCUUCCUCACUCAGACAGUCAGCAGCUUACAUACCCCACUGUGGAUUGGCUUGUCCAGUGAAGAGGGGAGACGUAACUACGUAUGGUUUACAGAUGAGAGCAUCUCUUACACAAACUGGCAGGAUGGAGAGCCACAACAAAUUGUGGGGUGUGCAUACAUGGAUAUAGAUGGGACAUGGCGAACUGCCACUUGCAACACAAAGCUUCAAGGGGCCAUCUGCAAGCUGAGCACAGGACCCCUUUCUUCACACAAGUGGAGCUACAACGGAAGCUGUCCUAAAACAGUAGAGGAUUCCUCUUGGCUUCCUUUCCGAAACAAUUGUUAUGCUUUCCACAUGGAAGUUAUGUUAGGUCAGAAGGAAGCUGUGAAGAGAUGCCAGAAAGUUGGAGGUAUGAUGCUGUCCAUCCUAGAUGAGAUGGAGAAUAUCUUUAUUUGGGAACAUCUACAAGCAUAUGAGAGCCAAGCCAAAGGAGCAUGGCUGGGGAUGUCCUUUAAUUCCAAAGGGGGCACACUUGUCUGGCAUGACAGCAUAGCUGUGAACUAUUCUAACUGGGGACAACAUGAUACAGGACCAAGCAUGAUCAGUCCAAACAGCUGCUAUUGGAUCCAGAGCAGCAAUGGGGUAUGGCGUUUGGGCUCUUGUUCCAAUGUGUCCAUGGGUGUCAUCUGUAAGACAGCCCGAGUGGAAGGAAGCUCCAUCUCCAAAUCAGCUUUCCUGGAAAACACAAAAACCAUUGUUGUAGUCAUCCUCUCCUCUCUAGCACUCUGUGCGCUGGUAGCUGUUGCCUUCUAUCUGUAUAAGCGCCGGUGGAUUUCGGAACGAGGGACAUUUGAGAGUGCUCGCUAUAGCCGCACCAAUGCCAGUCCUAGUGAAUCUGCUGAGAAGAACAUCCUGGUAUCUGAUAUGGAGAUGAAUGAACAAGACUAAUGGCGGAUUUGUCAA